AUGGGGGUUAUAAAGAUGGAGAGAGAUAGAGUGUCCGCAAAAGUAUGCAACAUAUUUCACAGUUCGAGGCAGAUGGCAAUGGAAAAGGACAAAACAGACCCCAGGGAAAGCGCCACUGUCGCAUCGUCACACGCCCACACUCAAAAGCGUGACUGUUACUUGCAGAAUCCCAGAGCACCCAAUGCCCCCAUAAGGCCCCCCUAUAUCCCCACCCCUGCCCGAAAUCACCCCUUCUAUUCGGGGAAGAAUUUUUGA